GCUUGCGCCGACGCCAUGCUGGAUACUUCACCAUCCGUCGUUGGAGUAACUAUUUCCGGUUUCCCGACUACGAUGCUCGCCACUGAUAUAUUUUCGUCUUUGGGAGUUCUUUCAAUGCCUGGGUCUGUGUCUCCAGUGACAGUUGACCUGACCUUCAAAACGCCACAACCCCCAAAGGUCACGGACUUUGUAUUCACCCUUACCAACGGAAAAGAUAUUGAAGUGACAUUCACAGAUGAAAAUGGCUCCACAAGGAAACUGAAUCCUGAUCCUACACCAAAUGGGCGAAUCAUCCUGGACUUUAAUGGACAGCCAAGCCUUGGGAUCACCAUCAAAGCAACACCCAGCUCAACGACCGACUCAUUAACUAUUAAAGAGACAGAAGUGAAAGCUUGUUCUGAAAUAGUGACAUUGCCACCUUCAUCGACAACUCCGCCUAGUCCUUCUUCGGGAACAGCUCCUAUACAGGGCCAGGUUCCGGGUUCUACAACACCUUCAGCGUUGACGACCCCAGCACCACCCACCCCAUCAACGACAACUCCAUUAAGUACACCUACCCCAUCAGGGGAAACAACUCCAAUCUCAACAGUCUGUACUGAGGAGAUGUUGACCCCGACUGACCUUUCCGUGAUGUCCGUUGAUAGUCCGUCGUUCCCCUCGACCGACUUGCCAAACUUAUUCACAUCUGUUGGAGUGGUCUCAAACACCCCGACAACCACUGCGGAGAUUGUGGUCACAUUUAACACAGCGUCACCUCCAAGGGUCACCACGGUCACCACCACCGUUACCAAGGCAACGUCCGUGGUGUUUACGCUUUUAGACGAAGACAAUAACCCAAUUCAGACUCAGACUAAGCCUGUCACAAAAGUCACCGAGACACCAGUUACUGCCACGUUCGGUGGAGUUCCUGGCAAAAAAGUCAAGAUCGUGGUCACCAAAACAAGCCCGGAUGUCCAGACCUCCGUGAAAAACACAGAAGUCAAGGCCUGUACCGAGAUCACACAGACAACUACACCAUCAGUGACAACUACAGUUAUAGUUCCAACAACCUCCCCUGUCCCAUCAGAGGAAACAACUCCUUUGACAACAGUCUGUACUGAGGAGAUGUUGACCCCGACUGACCUUUCCGUGAUGUCCGUUGAUAGUCCGUCGUUCCUCACGACUGACUUGCCAAACUUAUUCACGUCUGUUGGAGUGGUCUCCAACACCCUGACAACCACAGCGGAGAUUGUGGUCACAUUUAACACAGCGUCACCACCAAGGGUCACAACGGUCACCACAACCGUUACCAAGGCAACGUUCGUGGAGUUUACGCUAUUAGACGAAGACGAUACCCCAAUUCAGACCCAGACUAAGCCUGUCACAACGGUGGGCGAAACACCAGUUACUGCUACGUUCAGCGGUGUUCCUGGCAAAAAAGUCAAAAUCGUGGUCACCAAAACUAGCUCUGAUGUUCAGACCUCCGUUAAAAACACCGAAGUUAAAGCUUGCACUGAGGUUCCUUCAACUACUACACCAGUUACUCCAUCACCGUCAGUUCCAGUGACAACUCCAACUCCUUCCGUGACAUCACAAACAACACCGGAAGUCACGCCCUCUGUCACCACACCACCGAUUACGGAGACAACUCCUACUGUCACCACAGUUUGCCAGACCAUCAUGGUUACUGAGGCCAAUCCUAACAUCUUGUCAGUAAGCAGUUCCACGUAUCCUAACCCAAGCGACAUGUUUACGUCAUCUGGGACAACUGAAACAGCACAGACAUCCGUCGCGUCGGCCAUUUUGACUUUCAAUAACCUUGCAAAGAUAACUGAUGUUAAAGUGACAGUAGAUAAUGUCUAUAAAACUGUAAUUGAAGUCUUGCUAGAAAAUGGAGCAACAGCAGAGAAAAAGGAAUUAACAUAUCAAGGAGAUUUAAUGGUCAAUUUCAAAGGAAUAGAGGGAAAAUCAAUCAAAAUGACAUUGUACAAGGACAUUAGUUCCUCACCAUCAAAAAUAUCCUCCGUUCAAAUUAAAGCAUGUGUAGAAGCAGGAACUACAACCUCUGUUAGUACGCCUACACCAUCUGUAACACCAAGUGGACCUACUCCUUCCGUAACACCAACGCCUAGUGGACCUACUCCAUCUGUUACACCGACACCAUCAGUGACGCCAACACCAAGUGGACCUACUCCUUCCGUAACACCAACGCCUAGUGGACCUACUCCAUCUGUUACACCGACACCAUCAGUGACGCCCACACCAAGCGGGCCUGCUCCAUCUGUUACACCUACACCAAGUGGACCAACACCAAGUGGACCUACCCCAUCUGUAACAGCAACACCUAGCGGUCCUACACCAUCAGUAACACCAACGCCAAGUGGACCUUCUCCAUCUGUUACACCGACACCUAGUGGACCAACACCAAGUGGACCUACUCCAUCUGUAACACCAACGCCUAGUGGACCUACUCCAUCUGUUACAUCAACACCAUCAGUGACACCAACACCAAGUGGACCUACUCCAUCUGUUACACCAACGCCUAGUGGACCUACACCGUCCGUAACACCCACACCAAGUGGUCUAACCACUACAACAGUUACAACUUGUGUUGACGAGAUGCUGACAGCUGGUCCAAAUGUGUUGUCGCCAAGCAGUGACGAUAUCCCUGUCGGAAAUAUCCCCAAUAUUUUCACUCCUGUUGGCGCCAGUACGGUCACCAGUAAUCCUUCCCCGACUGUUGAAUUCACUCUGAACAGUGACCAACCACCACAGGUCACCACUGUGAGAGCGACCGUUUUGAAUGCGGAGAAGGUGGAAGUAACCUUAGAGCAACCUAACGGAGACAAGACAACAAAGACACCAGUUAUUUUACCCGAUGGCACUGUAGAAGUGAACUUUAAAGGAGAAACCGGAAGCAAAAUCAUCAUUACAAUAACCAAGAAAGACCCAACCGCACCCUCAACUGUUUCUGGAGUUGAAGUCAAAGCAUGUACAGAAGUUACAACAACACUUCCAACAACGACAAUAGCCAGUACCCCUAGUGUUUCUUCACCAAUACCGUCUGUAACGCCAGGAACGCCAACACCAAGUGGACCGACACCAUCAGUGACGCCAACACCAAGUGGACCUACUCCAUCUGGAACACCUACACCAAGUGGACCUACUCCAUCGGUUACCCCUACUCCAAGUGGACCUACUCCAUCUGUUACACCGACACCCAGUGGACCAACACCAAGUGGACCUACCCCAUCUGUAACACCAACGCCUAGUGGACCUACACCGUCCGUAACACCCACACCAAGUGGUCUAACCACUACAACAGUUACAACUUGUGUUGACGAGAUGCUGACAGCUGGUCCAAAUGUGUUGUCGCCAAGCAGUGACGAUAUCCCUGUCGGAAAUAUCCCCAAUAUUUUCACUCCUGUUGGCGCCAGUACGGUCACCAGUAAUCCUUCCCCGACUGUUGAAUUCACUCUGAACAGUGACCAACCACCACAGGUCACCACUGUGAGAGCGACCGUUUUGAAUGCGGAGAAGGUGGAAGUAACCUUAGAGCAACCUAACGGAGACAAGACAACAAAGACACCAGUUAUUUCACCCGAUGGCACUGUAGAAGUGAACUUUAAAGGAGAAACCGGAAGCAAAAUCAUCAUUACAAUAACCAAGAAAGACCCAACCGCACCCUCAACUGUUUCUGGAGUUGAAGUCAAAGCAUGUACAGAAGUUACAACAACACUUCCAACAACGACAAUAGCCAGUACCCCUAGUGUUUCUUCACCAAUACCGUCUGUAACGCCAGGAACGCCAACACCAAGUGGACCGACACCAUCAGUGACGCCAACACCAAGUGGACCUACUCCAUCUGGAACACCUACACCAAGUGGACCUACUCCAUCGGUUACCCCUACUCCAAGUGGACCUACUCCAUCUGUUACACCGACACCCAGUGGACCAACACCAAGUGGACCUACCCCAUCUGUAACACCAACGCCUAGUGGACCUACACCGUCCGUAACACCCACACCAAGUGGUCUAACCACUACAACAGUUACAACUUGUGUUGACGAGAUGCUGACAGCUGGUCCAAAUGUGUUGUCGCCAAGCAGUGACGAUAUCCCUGUCGGAAAUAUCCCCAAUAUUUUCACUCCUGUUGGCGCCAGUACGGUCACCAGUAAUCCUUCCCCGACUGUUGAAUUCACUCUGAACAGUGACCAACCACCACAGGUCACCACUGUGAAAGCGACCGUUUUGAAUGCGGAGAAGGUGGAAGUAACCUUAGAGCAACCUAACGGAGACAAGACAACAAAGACACCAGUUAUUUCACCCGAUGGCACUGUAGAAGUGAACUUUAAAGGAGAAACCGGAAGCAAAAUCAUCAUUACAAUAACCAAGAAAGACCCAACCGCACCCUCAACUGUUUCUGGAGUUGAAGUCAAAGCAUGUACAGAAGUUACAACAACACUUCCAACAACGACAAUAGCCAGUACCCCUAGUGUUUCUUCACCAAUACCGUCUGUAACGCCAGGAACGCCAACACCAAGUGGACCGACACCAUCAGUGACGCCAACACCAAGUGGACCUACUCCAUCUGGAACACCUACACCAAGUGGACCUACUCCAUCGGUUACCCCUACUCCAAGUGGACCUACUCCAUCUGUUACACCGACACCCAGUGGACCAACACCAAGUGGACCUACCCCAUCUGUAACACCAACGCCUAGUGGACCUACACCGUCCGUAACACCCACACCAAGUGGUCUAACCACUACAACAGUUACAACUUGUGUUGACGAGAUGCUGACAGCUGGUCCAAAUGUGUUGUCGCCAAGCAGUGACGAUAUCCCUGUCGGAAAUAUCCCCAAUAUUUUCACUCCUGUUGGCGCCAGUACGGUCACCAGUAAUCCUUCCCCGACUGUUGAAUUCACUCUGAACAGUGACCAACCACCACAGGUCACCACUGUGAAAGCGACCGUUUUGAAUGCGGAGAAGGUGGAAGUAACCUUAGAGCAACCUAACGGAGACAAGACAACAAAGACACCAGUUAUUUCACCCGAUGGCACUGUAGAAGUGAACUUUAAAGGAGAAACCGGAAGCAAAAUCAUCAUUACAAUAACCAAGAAAGACCCAACCGCACCCUCAACUGUUUCUGGAGUUGAAGUCAAAGCAUGUACAGAAGUUACAACAACACUUCCAACAACGACAAUAGCCAGUACCCCUAGUGUUUCUUCACCAAUACCGUCUGUAACGCCAGGAACGCCAACACCAAGUGGACCGACACCAUCAGUGACGCCAACACCAAGUGGACCUACUCCAUCUGGAACACCUACACCAAGUGGACCUACUCCAUCGGUUACCCCUACUCCAAGUGGACCUACUCCAUCUGUUACACCGACACCCAGUGGACCAACACCAAGUGGACCUACCCCAUCUGUAACACCAACGCCUAGUGGACCUACACCGUCCGUAACACCCACACCAAGUGGUCUAACCACUACAACAGUUACAACUUGUGUUGACGAGAUGCUGACAGCUGGUCCAAAUGUGUUGUCGCCAAGCAGUGACGAUAUCCCUGUCGGAAAUAUCCCCAAUAUUUUCACUCCUGUUGGCGCCAGUACGGUCACCAGUAAUCCUUCCCCGACUGUUGAAUUCACUCUGAACAGUGACCAACCACCACAGGUCACCACUGUGAGAGCGACCGUUUUGAAUGCGGAGAAGGUGGAAGUAACCUUAGAGCAACCUAACGGAGACAAGACAACAAAGACACCAGUUAUUUCACCCGAUGGCACUGUAGAAGUGAACUUUAAAGGAGAAACCGGAAGCAAAAUCAUCAUUACAAUAACCAAGAAAGACCCAACCGCACCCUCAACUGUUUCUGGAGUUGAAGUCAAAGCAUGUACAGAAGUUACAACAACACUUCCAACAACGACAAUAGCCAGUACCCCUAGUGUUUCUUCACCAAUACCGUCUGUAACGCCAGGAACGCCAACACCAAGUGGACCGACACCAUCAGUGACGCCAACACCAAGUGGACCUACUCCAUCUGGAACACCUACACCAAGUGGACCUACUCCAUCGGUUACCCCUACUCCAAGUGGACCUACUCCAUCUGUUACACCGACACCCAGUGGACCAACACCAAGUGGACCUACCCCAUCUGUAACACCAACGCCUAGUGGACCUACACCGUCCGUAACACCCACACCAAGUGGUCUAACCACUACAACAGUUACAACUUGUGUUGACGAGAUGCUGACAGCUGGUCCAAAUGUGUUGUCGCCAAGCAGUGACGAUAUCCCUGUCGGAAAUAUCCCCAAUAUUUUCACUCCUGUUGGCGCCAGUACGGUCACCAGUAAUCCUUCCCCGACUGUUGAAUUCACUCUGAACAGUGACCAACCACCACAGGUCACCACUGUGAAAGCGACCGUUUUGAAUGCGGAGAAGGUGGAAGUAACCUUAGAGCAACCUAACGGAGACAAGACAACAAAGACACCAGUUAUUUCACCCGAUGGCACUGUAGAAGUGAACUUUAAAGGAGAAACCGGAAGCAAAAUCAUCAUUACAAUAACCAAGAAAGACCCAACCGCACCCUCAACUGUUUCUGGAGUUGAAGUCAAAGCAUGUACAGAAGUUACAACAACACUUCCAACAACGACAAUAGCCAGUACCCCUAGUGUUUCUUCACCAAUACCGUCUGAAACGCCAGGAACGCCAACACCAAGUGGACCGACACCAUCAGUGACGCCAACACCAAGUGGACCUACUCCAUCUGGAACACCUACACCAAGUGGACCUACUCCAUCGGUUACCCCUACUCCAAGUGGACCUACUCCAUCUGUUACACCGACACCCAGUGGACCAACACCAAGUGGACCUACCCCAUCUGUAACACCAACGCCUAGUGGACCUACACCGUCCGUAACACCCACACCAAGUGGUCUAACCACUACAACAGUUACAACUUGUGUUGACGAGAUGCUGACAGCUGGUCCAAAUGUGUUGUCGCCAAGCAGUGACGAUAUCCCUGUCGGAAAUAUCCCCAAUAUUUUCACUCCUGUUGGCGCCAGUACGGUCACCGGUAAUCCUUCCCCGACUGUUGAAUUCACUCUGAACAGUGACCAACCACCACAGGUCACCACUGUGAGAGCGACCGUUUUGAAUGCGGAGAAGGUGGAAGUAACCUUAGAGCAACCUAACGGAGACAAGACAACAAAGACACCAGUUAUUUCACCCGAUGGCACUGUAGAAGUGAACUUUAAAGGAGAAACCGGAAGCAAAAUCAUCAUUACAAUAACCAAGAAAGACCCAACCGCACCCUCAACUGUUUCUGGAGUUGAAGUCAAAGCAUGUACAGAAGUUACAACAACACUUCCAACAACGACAAUAGCCAGUACCCCUAGUGUUUCUUCACCAAUACCGUCUGUAACGCCAGGAACGCCAACACCAAGUGGACCGACACCAUCAGUGACGCCAACACCAAGUGGACCUACUCCAUCUGGAACACCUACACCAAGUGGACCUACUCCAUCGGUUACCCCUACUCCAAGUGGACCUACUCCAUCUGUUACACCGACACCCAGUGGACCAACACCAAGUGGACCUACCCCAUCUGUAACACCAACGCCUAGUGGACCUACACCGUCCGUAACACCCACACCAAGUGGUCUAACCACUACAACAGUUACAACUUGUGUUGACGAGAUGCUGACAGCUGGUCCAAAUGUGUUGUCGCCAAGCAGUGACGAUAUCCCUGUCGGAAAUAUCCCCAAUAUUUUCACUCCUGUUGGCGCCAGUACGGUCACCAGUAAUCCUUCCCCGACUGUUGAAUUCACUCUGAACAGUGACCAACCACCACAGGUCACCACUGUGAAAGCGACCGUUUUGAAUGCGGAGAAGGUGGAAGUAACCUUAGAGCAACCUAACGGAGACAAGACAACAAAGACACCAGUUAUUUCACCCGAUGGCACUGUAGAAGUGAACUUUAAAGGAGAAACCGGAAGCAAAAUCAUCAUUACAAUAACCAAGAAAGACCCAACCGCACCCUCAACUGUUUCUGGAGUUGAAGUCAAAGCAUGUACAGAAGUUACAACAACACUUCCAACAACGACAAUAGCCAGUACCCCUAGUGUUUCUUCACCAAUACCGUCUGUAACGCCAGGAACGCCAACACCAAGUGGACCGACACCAUCAGUGACGCCAACACCAAGUGGACCUACUCCAUCUGGAACACCUACACCAAGUGGACCUACUCCAUCUGUUACCCCUACUCCAAGUGGACCUACUCCAUCUGUUACACCGACACCCAGUGGACCAACACCAAGUGGACCUACCCCAUCUGUAACACCAACGCCUAGUGGACCUACACCGUCCGUAACACCCACACCAAGUGGUUUAACCACAACAACAGUUACAACUUGUGUUGACGAGAUGCUGACAGCUGGUCCAAAUGUGUUGUCGCCAAGCAGUGACGAUAUCCCUGUCGGAAAUAUCCCCAAUAUUUUCACUCCUGUUGGCGCCAGUACGGUCACCAGUAAUCCUUCCCCGACUGUUGAAUUCACUCUGAACAGUGACCAACCACCACAGGUCACCACUGUGAAAGCGACCGUUUUGAAUGCGGAGAAGGUGGAAGUAACCUUAGAGCAACCUAACGGAGACAAGACAACAAAGACACCAGUUAUUUCACCCGAUGGCACUGUAGAAGUGAACUUUAAAGGAGAAACCGGAAGCAAAAUCAUCAUUACAAUAACCAAGAAAGACCCAACCGCACCCUCAACUGUUUCUGGAGUUGAAGUCAAAGCAUGUACAGAAGUUACAACAACACUUCCAACAACGACAAUAGCCAGUACCCCUAGUGUUUCUUCACCAAUACCGUCUGUAACGCCAGGAACGCCAACACCAAGUGGACCGACACCAUCAGUGACGCCAACACCAAGUGGACCUACUCCAUCUGGAACACCUACACCAAGUGGACCUACUCCAUCUGUUACCCCUACUCCAAGUGGACCUACUCCAUCUGUUACACCGACACCCAGUGGACCAACACCAAGUGGACCUACCCCAUCUGUAACACCAACGCCUAGUGGACCUACACCGUCCGUAACACCCACACCAAGUGGUUUAACCACAACAACAGUUACAACUUGUGUUGACGAGAUGCUGACAGCUGGUCCAAAUGUGUUGUCGCCAAGCAGUGACGAUAUCCCUGUCGGAAAUAUCCCCAAUAUUUUCACUCCUGUUGGCGCCAGUACGGUCACCAGUAAUCCUUCCCCGACUGUUGAAUUCACUCUGAACAGUGACCAACCACCACAGGUCACCACUGUGAAAGCGACCGUUUUGAAUGCGGAGAAGGUGGAAGUAACCUUAGAGCAACCUAACGGAGACAAGACAACAAAGACACCAGUUAUUUCACCCGAUGGCACUGUAGAAGUGAACUUUAAAGGAGAAACCGGAAGCAAAAUCAUCAUUACAAUAACCAAGAAAGACCCAACCGCACCCUCAACUGUUUCUGGAGUUGAAGUCAAAGCAUGUACAGAAGUUACAACAACACUUCCAACAACGACAAUAGCCAGUACCCCUAGUGUUUCUUCACCAAUACCGUCUGUAACGCCAGGAACGCCAACACCAAGUGGACCGACACCAUCAGUGACGCCAACACCAAGUGGACCUACUCCAUCUGGAACACCUACACCAAGUGGACCUACUCCAUCGGUUACCCCUACUCCAAGUGGACCUACUCCAUCUGUUACACCGACACCCAGUGGACCAACACCAAGUGGACCUACCCCAUCUGUAACACCAACGCCUAGUGGACCUACACCGUCCGUAACACCCACACCAAGUGGUCUAACCACUACAACAGUUACAACUUGUGUUGACGAGAUGCUGACAGCUGGUCCAAAUGUGUUGUCGCCAAGCAGUGACGAUAUCCCUGUCGGAAAUAUCCCCAAUAUUUUCACUCCUGUUGGCGCCAGUACGGUCACCAGUAAUCCUUCCCCGACUGUUGAAUUCACUCUGAACAGUGACCAACCACCACAGGUCACCACUGUGAAAGCGACCGUUUUGAAUGCGGAGAAGGUGGAAGUAACCUUAGAGCAACCUAACGGAGACAAGACAACAAAGACACCAGUUAUUUCACCCGUUGGCACUGUAGAAGUGGACUUUAAAGGAGAAACCGGAAGCAAAAUCAUCAUUACAAUAACCAAGAAAGACCCAACCGCACCCUCAACUGUUUCUGGAGUUGAAGUCAAAGCAUGUACAGAAGUUACAACAACACUUCCAACAACGACAAUAGCCAGUACCCCUAGUGUUUCUUCACCAAUACCGUCUGUAACGCCAGGAACGCCAACACCAAGUGGACCGACACCAUCAGUGACGCCAACACCAAGUGGACCUACUCCAUCUGGAACACCUACACCAAGUGGACCUACUCCAUCGGUUACCCCUACUCCAAGUGGACCUACUCCAUCUGUUACACCGACACCCAGUGGACCAACACCAAGUGGACCUACCCCAUCUGUAACACCAACGCCUAGUGGACCUACACCGUCCGUAACACCCACCCCAAGUGGUCUAACCACUACAACAGUUACAACUUGUGUUGACGAGAUGCUGACAGCUGGUCCAAAUGUGUUGUCGCCAAGCAGUGACGAUAUCCCUGUCGGAAAUAUCCCCAAUAUUUUCACUCCUGUUGGCGCCAGUACGGUCACCAGUAAUCCUUCCCCGACUGUUGAAUUCACUCUGAACAGUGACCAACCACCACAGGUCACCACUGUGAAAGCGACCGUUUUGAAUGCGGAGAAGGUGGAAGUAACCUUAGAGCAACCUAACGGAGACAAGACAACAAAGACACCAGUUAUUUCACCCGAUGGCACUGUAGAAGUGAACUUUAAAGGAGAAACCGGAAGCAAAAUCAUCAUUACAAUAACCAAGAAAGACCCAACCGCACCCUCAACUGUUUCUGGAGUUGAAGUCAAAGCAUGUACAGAAGUUACAACAACACUUCCAACAACGACAAUAGCCAGUACCCCUAGUGUUUCUUCACCAAUACCGUCUGUAACGCCAGGAACGCCAACACCAAGUGGACCGACACCAUCAGUGACGCCAACACCAAGUGGACCUACUCCAUCUGGAACACCUACACCAAGUGGACCUACUCCAUCGGUUACCCCUACUCCAAGUGGACCUACUCCAUCUGUUACACCGACACCCAGUGGACCAACACCAAGUGGACCUACCCCAUCUGUAACACCAACGCCUAGUGGACCUACACCGUCCGUAACACCCACACCAAGUGGUCUAACCACUACAACAGUUACAACUUGUGUUGACGAGAUGCUGACAGCUGGUCCAAAUGUGUUGUCGCCAAGCAGUGACGAUAUCCCUGUCGGAAAUAUCCCCAAUAUUUUCACUCCUGUUGGCGCCAGUACGGUCACCAGUAAUCCUUCCCCGACUGUUGAAUUCACUCUGAACAGUGACCAACCACCACAGGUCACCACUGUGAAAGCGACCGUUUUGAAUGCGGAGAAGGUGGAAGUAACCUUAGAGCAACCUAACGGAGACAAGACAACAAAGACACCAGUUAUUUCACCCGAUGGCACUGUAGAAGUGGACUUUAAAGGAGAAACCGGAAGCAAAAUCAUCAUUACAAUAACCAAGAAAGACCCAACCGCACCCUCAACUGUUUCUGGAGUUGAAGUCAAAGCAUGUACAGAAGUUACAACAACACUUCCAACAACGACAAUAGCCAGUACCCCUAGUGUUUCUUCACCAAUACCGUCUGUAACGCCAGGAACGCCAACACCAAGUGGACCGACACCAUCAGUGACGCCAACACCAAGUGGACCUACUCCAUCUGGAACACCUACACCAAGUGGACCUACUCCAUCGGUUACCCCUACUCCAAGUGGACCUACUCCAUCUGUUACACCGACACCCAGUGGACCAACACCAAGUGGACCUACCCCAUCUGUAACACCAACGCCUAGUGGACCUACACCGUCCGUAACACCCACACCAAGUGGUCUAACCACUACAACAGUUACAACUUGUGUUGACGAGAUGCUGACAGCUGGUCCAAAUGUGUUGUCGCCAAGCAGUGACGAUAUCCCUGUCGGAAAUAUCCCCAAUAUUUUCACUCCUGUUGGCGCCAGUACGGUCACCAGUAAUCCUUCCCCGACUGUUGAAUUCACUCUGAACAGUGACCAACCACCACAGGUCACCACUGUGAAAGCGACCGUUUUGAAUGCGGAGAAGGUGGAAGUAACCUUAGAGCAACCUAACGGAGACAAGACAACAAAGACACCAGUUAUUUCACCCGAUGGCACUGUAGAAGUGAACUUUAAAGGAGAAACCGGAAGCAAAAUCAUCAUUACAAUAACCAAGAAAGACCCAACCGCACCCUCAACUGUUUCUGGAGUUGAAGUCAAAGCAUGUACAGAAGUUACAACAACACUUCCAACAACGACAAUAGCCAGUACCCCUAGUGUUUCUUCACCAAUACCGUCUGUAACGCCAGGAACGCCAACACCAAGUGGACCGACACCAUCAGUGACGCCAACACCAAGUGGACCUACUCCAUCUGGAACACCUACACCAAGUGGACCUACUCCAUCGGUUACCCCUACUCCAAGUGGACCUACUCCAUCUGUUACACCGACACCCAGUGGACCAACACCAAGUGGACCUACCCCAUCUGUAACACCAACGCCUAGUGGACCUACACCGUCCGUAACACCCACACCAAGUGGUCUAACCACUACAACAGUUACAACUUGCGUUGACGAGAUGCUGACAGCUGGUCCAAAUGUGUUGUCGCCAAGCAGUGACGAUAUCCCUGUCGGAAAUAUCCCCAACAUUUUCACUCCUGUUGGCGCAAGUACGGUCACCAGUAAUCCUUCCCCGACUGUUGAAUUCACUCUGAACAGUGACCAACCACCACAGGUCACCACUGUGAAAGCGACCGUUUUGAAUGCGGAGAAGGUGGAAGUAACCUUAGAGCAACCUAACGGAGACAAGACAACAAAGACACCAGUUAUUUCACCCGAUGGCACUGUAGAAGUGAACUUUAAAGGAGAAACCGGAAGCAAAAUCAUCAUCACAAUAACCAAGACAGACCCAACCGCACCCUCAACUGUUUCUGGAGUUGAAGUCAAAGCAUGUACAGAAGUUACAACAACACUUCCAACAACGACAAUAGCCAGUACCCCUAGUGUUUCUUCACCAAUACCGUCUGUAACGCCAGGAACGCCAACACCAAGUGGACCGACACCAUCAGUGACGCCAACACCAAGUGGACCUACUCCAUCUGGAACACCUACACCAAGUGGACCUACUCCAUCGGUUACCCCUACUCCAAGUGGACCUACUCCAUCUGUUACACCGACACCCAGUGGACCAACACCAAGUGGACCUACCCCAUCUGUAACACCAACGCCUAGUGGACCUACACCGUCCGUAACACCCACACCAAGUGGUCUAACCACUACAACAGUUACAACUUGCGUUGACGAGAUGUUGACAGCUGGUCCAAAUGUGUUGUCGCCAAGCAGUGACGAUAUCCCUGUCGGAAAUAUCCCCAACAUUUUCACUCCUGUUGGCGCAAGUACGGUCACCAGUAAUCCUUCCCCGACUGUUGAAUUCACUCUGAACAGUGACCAACCACCACAGGUCACCAUUGUGAAAGCCACUGUCGAGAAUGCAGAAACGGUGGAGGUCACAUUAGAGCAACCCAAUGGAGAAAAGAUUACAAAGACACCAGUUUUGUCGCCUGAUGGCACUGUUGAAGUUAACUUUAAAGGGGAAAUUGGAAGCAAAAUUAUCAUAAAGAUCACCAAGAAGGACGAAACAGCACCCUCAACUGUAUCUAGUGUUGAAGUCAAAGCUUGUACACAGGUUUCCACAAUCCUUUCAACAACUACACCAAGUGUUUCUUCACCACCACCGUCCGUAACGCCAGGAACACCAACACCAAGUGGACCGACACCAUCAGUAACUCCAACGCCAAGUGGACCUACUCCAUCUGGAACACCUACGCCAAGUGGACCUACUCCAUCUGGUACACCUACACCCAGUGGACCAACUCCAUCUGUGACGCCUACGCCUAGUGGACCAACACCUUCUGUGACACCCACGCCCAGUGGGCCGACUCCUUCCGUAACACCUACACCAAGUGUUCCAACACCCAGUGGUCCAACCCCAUCCGUUACACCAACACCUAGUGGACCUACACCGUCUGUAACACCAACACCAAGUGGCCCAACCACUACAACAGUUACAACUUGUGUCGAUGAAAUGUUGACAGCCAGUGCUAAUGAGUUGACUCCAAGCAGUGACGAUAUCCCUGGAAGUGUGGCCAAUGUGUUCACUCCUACUGGUGCCACUACGGACAAUGUUAAUCCUACCCCAACUGUUGAAUUCACUCUGAACGGUGAUCAACCACCACAGGUCACUACUGUGAAAGCCAAUGUUGGGAAUGCGGAAUCGGUGGAAGUCACAUUAGAGCAACCCAAUGGAGAAAAGAUUACAAAGACACCAGUUUUGUCACCCGAUGGCACUGUUGAAGUUAACUUUAAAGGGGAAAUUGGAAGCAAAAUUAUUAUAAAGAUCACCAAGAAAGACGAAACUGCAUCUUCAACUGUAUCUAGCGUUGAAGUCAAAGCGUGUACCGAGGCAACUGGAACUACGCAAACAACGGAAAAAGUUGGAGUAGUGACAACAACGCCACUUCUUACAACAACAUCCGUUUUCACAACCACAGGAAUAGUUCAAUCAACAACUCCAACCAUCUCCACGGUUUGUGUCAAGACCGAGGGAAUGAGCGAUUAUUCCCAGAUUCCCACUGGAAGCAUUUCAUUUACCAAUAAUGAAAUUUCGCCUGCUGAUAUUGAUAAGGUUCGACCAGAAAACGUUAAUGGUCCUCUUACGGUCAAAGAAACAUCGCCAGAAAAGCCUAUUGUUGUUUCUAUUUCGUUCCCCCCUGAAGGGGUAGAAGUGGGCCAAAUUAAAGUGAGUCCUGAAGAACUUCUAACAACAACGGAAAUCAGUGAGAGAAACAUUGAAUCAUUCGAUGUGUCGUACAAGAUUCCAGAUGACGACACUUUGUAUCCUCUCCUUGGUGGAAAGAAAUUCUCUGGAACUGAAGCAGCUGAUCUGAAAUCAAUGCUAGUUAACGAAAUUGUGAUCACUGUCAAACCCAGUGACGCUUCCCAAGAUGUUUUGCUAGUGUUAUCAGUCAAAGCCUGUUUCGGAGGUCUUCUCUCUACAGUAUCAACACCACCCGGUUCCACUGCUGCUGCCGGUUUCACACCGGCUACGAUAAAGUUACCGAGUUCAACCGUUUUAGCUCCUACGUUACCUCCACUUUUACAAACGUCGACUAUUUCUACGAUUUCUACGACAGGCACACAGACAACAUUGUCGACGACAAGGGUGACAUCAACAUUGACGACAGUUCUUCCUGGAUCCCCCCCAACUCCACCCGAAUUUACACUACCACCUCCGGGUGUCACCACAACCCUUGGUACGACGCCUUCCGUAACAUCAAGUGGAACAGUUCCUCAAACGCCUGCAACAAAAGUAUCUACACCGCAGAUUAGUACACCAUCCUCGGGAACUCCAUCAGAAAAAAUUACGACUCCAUCAUUUGGAACUACGCCAUCUGUGACAACAAGUGGAUCUACUCCAUCAGUUACACCUACACCAAGUGUUUCCACCCCAAGUGGUCCAACUCCUUCAGUUACACCUACACCUAGUGGACCUUCACCGUCAGUUACACCAACACCUAGUGGGCCAUCACCGUCGGUGACACCUACACCAAGUGGAACAACACCAUCAGUGACACCAACUCCGAGCAGCCCCACACCCUCUGUUACACCUACGCCUAGUGGACCUUCACCAUCGGUGACAUUUACACCAAGCGUAGCCACUCCACAUGGACCAACACCAUCUGUGACACCAGCGCCAAGUGGACCAACACCAUCAGUGACACCAACGCCGAGCGGUCCUACUCCAUCGGUGACACCUACCCCAAGUGGACCAACACCCUCAGUGACACCAACACCAAGUGCUUCCACCCCAAGUGGUCCUACACCAUCUGUCACACCCACACCAAGUGGUCCAACACCGUCAGGAACACCAACGCCAAGUGGCCCCACACCAUCCGUUACAACGACACCUAGUGGACCAACACCAUCAGUGACACCAACACCAAGUGUUUCCACCCCAAGUGGUCCUACUCCUUCAGUUACACCUACACCAAGUGGUCCUACACCAUCUGUCACACCCACAACAAGUGGUCCAACACCGUCAGUGACACCAACACCAAGUGUUUCCACCCCAAGUGGUCCUACUCCUUCAGUUACACCUACACCAAGUGGUCCUACACCAUCUGUCACACCCACACCAAGUGGUCCAACACCGUCAGGAACACCAACGCCAAGUGGCCCCACACCAUCCGUUACACCGACACCUAGUGGACCAACACCAUCAGUGACACCAACGCCGAGCGGUCCUACUCCAUCGGUGACACCUACCCCAAGUGGACCAACACCCUCAGUGACACCAACACCAAGUGUUUCCACCCCAAGUGGUCCUACUCCUUCAGUUACACCUACACCAAGUGGUCCUACACCAUCUGUCACACCCACACCAAGUGGUCCAACACCGUCAGGAACACCAACGCCAAGUGGCCCCACACCAUCCGUUACACCGACACCUAGUGGACCAACACCAUCAGUGACACCAACGCCGAGCGGUCCUACUCCAUCAGUGACACCUACCCCAAGUGGACCAACACCCUCAGUGACACCAACACCAAGUGUUUCCACCCCAAGUGGUCCUACUCCUUCAGUUACACCUACACCAAGUGGUCCUACACCAUCUGUCACACCCACACCAAGUGGUCCAACACCGUCAGGAACACCAACGCCAAGUGGCCCCACACCAUCCGUUACACCGACACCUAGUGGACCAACACCAUCAGUGACACCAACGCCGAGCGGUCCUACUCCAUCAGUGACACCUACCCCAAGUGGACCAACACCCUCAGUGACACCAACACCAAGUGUUUCCACCCCAAGUGGUCCUACUCCUUCAGUUACACCUACACCAAGUGGUCCUACACCAUCUGUCACACCCACACCAAGUGGUCCAACACCGUCAGGAACACCAACGCCAAGUGGCCCCACACCAUCCGUUACACCGACACCUAGUGGACCAACACCAUCAGUGACACCAACACCGAGCGGUCCUACUCCAUCAGUGACACCUACCCCAAGUGGACCAACACCCUCAGUGACACCAACACCAAGUGUUUCCACCCCAAGUGGUCCUACUCCUUCAGUAACACCUACACCAAGUGGUCCUUCACCAUCUGUCACACCGACACCAAGUGGUCCAACACCGUCAGAAACACCAACGCCAAGUGGCCCCACACCAUCCGUUACACCGACACCUAGUGGACCAACACCAUCAGUGACACCAACACCGAGCGGUCCUACUCCAUCAGUGACACCUACCCCAAGUGGACCAACACCCUCAGUGACACCAACACCAAGUGUUUCCACCCCAAGUGGUCCUACUCCUUCAGUUACACCUACACCAAGUGGUCCUACACCAUCUGUCACACCCACACCAAGUGGACCAACACCGUCAGGAACACCAACGCCAAGUGGCCCUACACCAUCCGUUACACCUACACCUAGUGGACCAACACCAUCAGUGACACCAACGCCGAGCGGUCCUACUCCAUCAGUGACACCUACCCCAAGUGGACCAACACCCUCAGUGACACCAACACCAAGUGUUUCCACCCCAAGUGGUCCUACUCCUUCAGUUACACCUACACCAAGUGGUCCUACACCAUCUGUCACACCCACACCAAGUGGCCCAACACCGUCAGGAACACCAACGCCAAGUGGCCCCACACCAUCCGUUACACCGACACCUAGUGGACCAACACCAUCAGUGACACCAACGCCAAGCGGUCCUACUCCAUCAGUGACACCUACCCCAAGUGGACCAACGCCCUCAGUGACACCAACACCAAGUGUGACCACCCCAAGUGGUCCAACUCCUUCAGUUACACCUACACCAAGUGGACCAACACCAUCAGUGACACCUACACCAAGCGGUCCAACUCCAUCAGGAACACCAACGCCAAGCGGACCAACACCAUCAGUGACACCAACUCCAAGCAGCCCUUCACCCUCUGUUACACCUACGCCAAGUGGUCCUUCACCAUCGGUGACAGUUACCCCAAGUGUAGCCACUCCUAGUGGACCAACACCAUCAGUAACACCAACUCCGAGUGGUCCUACACCAUCGGUCACACCAACACCGAGCGGUCCAACUCCAUCAGGUACACCUACACCAAGUGGACCGACACCAUCAGUAACACCGACACCUAGCGGACCAAUACCAUCAGUGACACCAACGCCAAGCGGUCCUACUCCAUCGGUGACACCUACCCCAAGUGGACCAACACCCUCAGUGACACCAACACCAAGUGUUUCCACCCCAAGUGGUCCUACUCCUUCAGUUACACCUACACCAAGUGGUCCUACACCAUCUGUCACACCCACACCAAGUGGUCCAACACCGUCAGGAACACCAACGCCAAGUGGCCCCACACCAUCCGUUACACCGACACCUAGUGGACCAACACCAUCAGUGACACCAACACCGAGCGGUCCUACUCCAUCAGUGACACCUACCCCAAGUGGACCAACACCCUCAGUGACACCAACACCAAGUGUUUCCACCCCAAGUGGUCCAACUCCAUCAAUUACACCUACACCAAGUGGACCAACACCAUCAGGCACACCGACACCAAGUGGUCCUACUCCAUCAGGUACACCUACACCAAGUGGACCGACACCAUCAAUUACACCAACACCAAGUGGCCCAACUACUACAACAGUGACAAGCUGCGUUGAUGAAAUGCUGACAGCUGGUCCAAAUGUAUUGACGCCAAGCAGUGAUGAUAUGCCUGGCGAAAAUGUGGACAAUGUGUUCACUUCUACUGGUGCCACUACGGACAAUGUUAAUCCUACCCCAACUGUUGAAUUCACUCUGAACAGUGAUCAGCCACCACAGGUCACCGCUGUGAAAGCCAUUGUUAGGAAUGCAGAAACUGUUGAAGUCACAUUAGAGCAACCCAAUGGAGAAAAGAUUACAAAGACACCAGUUUUGUCACCUGAUGGCACUGUUGAAGUUAAUUUCAGAGGUGAAACUGGAAGCAAAAUUACCAUAAAGAUUACCAAGAAGGACACAAGUGCACCCUCAACUGUAUCUAGCGUUGAAGUCAAAGCUUGCACAAGUGGUGUAACAACCACCCUCGGUACGUCGCCUUCAGUAACUUCGAGUGGAACAGUUCCUCAAACGCCAGCAACAAAAGUAUCUACACCGCGAAUUACAACAAUAUCAUCCGGAACUCCGUCGGAAAUAAUCACAACACCUUCAUUUGGAACAACACCAUCUGUGACCACAAAUGGGUCAACCCCUAGUGUAACAACACCUGGCGGUCCAACACCAAGUGGUCCAACUCCGUCAGUUACACCUACACCAAGUGGACCAACACCAUCAGUGACACCAACUCCUAGUGGACCUACACCAUCCGUGACACCCACACCUAGUGGACCAACACCGUCAGUCACACCAACGCCAAGUGGCCCUACACCAUCAGUUACACCGACUCCUAGUGGACCAACACCCUCAGUGACACCAACACCAAGUGUUUCCACCCCAAGUGGUCCAACUCCAUCAGUUACACCUACACCAAGUGGUCCUACACCAUCUGUCACACCCACACCAAGCGGUCCAACUCCAUCAGGUACACCUACACCAAGCGGACCAACUCCAUCAGUGACACCAACUCCGAGCGGCCCUACUCCCUCUGUUACACCCACGCCUAGUGGACCUUCACCAUCGGUGACAGUUACACCAAGUGCACCAACUCCAAGUGGACCAACACCAUCAGUGACACCAACUCCUAGCGGUCCUACUCCAUCGGUGACACCUACCCCAAGUGGACCAACACCCUCAGUGACACCAACACCAAGUGUUUCCACUCCAAGUGGUCCAACUCCGUCAGUUACACCUACACCAAGUGGUCCUACACCAUCUGUCACACCCACCCCAAGCGGUCCAACUCCAUCAGGUACACCUACACCAAGCGGACCAACUCCAUCAGUGACACCAACUCCGAGCGGCCCUACUCCCUCUGUUACACCUACGCCUAGUGGACCUUCACCAUCGGUGACAGUUACACCAAGUGCACCAACUCCAAGUGGACCAACACCAUCUGUGACACCAACUCCGAGUGGUCCUACACCAUCGGUCACACCCACGCCAAGCGGUCCAACUCCAUCUGGUACACCUACACCAAGUGGACCGACACCUAGUGGACCAACACCAUCAGUGACACCAACUCCUAGCGGUCCUACUCCAUCGGUGACACCUACCCCAAGUGGACCAACACCUUCAGUGACACCAACACCAAGUGUUUCCACUCCAAGUGGUCCAACUCCGUCAGUUACACCUACACCAAGUGGUCCUACACCAUCUGUCACACCCACUCCAAGCGGUCCAACUCCAUCAGGUACACCUACACCAAGCGGCCCAACUCCAUCAGUGACACCAACUCCGAGCAGCCCUACUCCCUCUGUUACACCUACGCCUAGUGGACCUUCACCAUCGGUGACAGUUACACCAAGUGCACCAACUCCAAGUGGACCAACACCAUCUGUGACACCAACUCCGAGUGGUCCUACACCAUCGGUCACACCCACGCCAAGCGGUCCAACUCCAUCUGGUACACCUACACCAAGUGGACCGACACCUAGUGGACCAACACCAUCAGUGACACCAACUCCUAGCGGUCCUACUCCAUCGGUGACACCUACCCCAAGUGGACCAACACCCUCAGUGACACCAACACCAAGUGUUUCCACUCCAAGUGGUCCAACUGCGUCAGUUACACCUACACCAAGUGGUCCUACACCAUCUGUCACACCCACUGCAAGUGGUCCAACUCCAUCAGGUACACCUACACCAAGCGGCCCAACUCCAUCAGUGACACCAACUCCGAGCGGCCCUACUCCCUCUGUUACACCUACGCCUAGUGGACCUUCACCAUCGGUGACAGUUACACCAAGUGCACCAACUCCAAGUGGACCAACACCAUCUGUGACACCUACCCCAAGUGGACCAACUCCCUCAGUGACACCAACACCAAGUGUUUCCACUCCAAGUGGUCCAACUCCUUCAGUUACACCUACACCAAGUGGUCCUACACCAUCUGUCACACCCACACCAAGCGGUCCAACUCCAUCAAGUACACCUACACCAAGCGGACCAACUCCAUCAGUGACACCAACUCCGAGCGGCCCUACUCCCUCUGUUACACCUACGCCUAGUGGACCUUCACCAUCGGUGACAGUUACACCAAGUGCACCAACUCCAAGUGGACCAACACCAUCUGUGACACCAACUCCGAGUGGUCCUACACCAUCGGUCACACCCACGCCAAGCGGUCCAACUCCAUCUGGUACACCUACACCAAGUGGACCGACACCUAGUGGACCAACACCAUCAGUAACACCAACUCCUAGCGGCCCUACUCCAUCGGUGACACCUACCCCAAGUGGACCAACACCUUCAGUGACACCAACACCAAGUGUUUCCACUCCAAGUGGUCCAACUCCGUCAGUUACACCUACACCAAGUGGUCCUACACCAUCUGUCACACCCACUCCAAGCGGUCCACCUCCAUCAGGUACACCUACACCAAGCGGCCCAACUCCAUCAGUGACACCAACUCCGAGCAGCCCUACUCCCUCUGUUACACCUACGCCUAGUGGACCUUCACCAUCGGUGACAGUUACACCAAGUGCACCAACUCCAAGUGGACCAACACCAUCUGUGACACCAACUCCGAGUGGUCCUACACCAUCGGUCACACCCACGCCAAGCGGUCCAACUCCAUCUGGUACACCUACACCAAGUGGACCGACACCUAGUGGACCAACACCAUCAGUGACACCAACUCCUAGCGGUCCUACUCCAUCGGUGACACCUACCCCAAGUGGACCAACACCCUCAGUGACACCAACACCAAGUGUUUCCACUCCAAGUGGUCCAACUCCGUCAGUUACACCUACACCAAGUGGUCCUACACCAUCUGUCACACCCACUGCAAGUGGUCCAACUCCAUCAGGUACACCUACACCAAGCGGCCCAACUCCAUCAGUGACACCAACUCCGAGCGGCCCUACUCCCUCUGUUACACCUACGCCUAGUGGACCUUCACCAUCGGUGACAGUUACACCAAGUGCACCAACUCCAAGUGGACCAACACCAUCUGUGACACCUACCCCAAGUGGACCAACUCCCUCAGUGACACCAACACCAAGUGUUUCCACUCCAAGUGGUCCAACUCCUUCAGUUACACCUACACCAAGUGGUCCUACACCAUCUGUCACACCCACACCAAGCGGUCCAACUCCAUCAGGUACACCUACACCAAGCGGACCAACUCCAUCAGUGACACCAACUCCGAGCGGCCCUACUCCCUCUGUUACACCUACGCCUAGUGGACCUUCACCAUCGGUGACAGUUACACCAAGUGCACCAACUCCAAGUGGACCAACACCAUCUGUGACACCAACUCCGAGUGGUCCUACACCAUCGGUCACACCCACGCCAAGCGGUCCAACUCCAUCUGGUACACCUACACCAAGUGGACCGACACCUAGUGGACCAACACCAUCAGUGACACCAACUCCUAGCGGUCCUACUCCAUCGGUGACACCUACCCCAAGUGGACCAACACCCUCAGUGACACCAACACCAAGUGUUUCCACCCCAAGUGGUCCAACUCCAUCAGUUACACCUACACCAAGUGGUCCUACACCAUCUGUCACACCCACACCAAGCGGUCCAACUCCAUCAGGUACACCUACACCAAGCGGACCAACUCCAUCAGUGACACCAACUCCGAGCGGCCCUACUCCCUCUGUUACACCUACGCCUAGUGGACCUUCACCAUCGGUGACAGUUACACCAAGUGCACCAACUCCAAGUGGACCAACACCAUCUGUGACACCAACUCCGAGUGGUCCUACACCAUCAGUCACACCCACGCCAAGCGGUCCAACUCCAUCUGGUACACCUACACCAAGUGGACCGACACCUAGUGGACCAACACCAUCAGUGACACCAACUCCUAGCGGUCCUACUCCAUCGGUGACACCUACCCCAAGUGGACCAACACCCUCAGUGACACCAACACCAAGUGUUUCCACCCCAAGUGGUCCAACUCCAUCAGUUACACCUACACCAAGUGGUCCUACACCAUCUGUCACACCCACACCAAGCGGUCCAACUCCAUCAGGUACACCUACACCAAGCGGACCAACUCCAUCAGUGACACCAACUCCGAGCGGCCCUACUCCCUCUGUUACACCUACGCCUAGUGGACCUUCACCAUCGGUGACAGUUACACCAAGUGCACCAACUCCAAGUGGACCAACACCAUCUGUGACACCAACUCCGAGUGGUCCUACACCAUCGGUCACACCCACGCCAAGCGGUCCAACUCCAUCUGGUACACCUACACCAAGUGGACCGACACCUAGUGGACCAACACCAUCAGUGACACCAACUCCUAGCGGUCCUACUCCAUCGGUGACACCUACCCCAAGUGGACCAACACCCUCAGUGACACCAACACCAAGUGUUUCCACUCCAAGUGGUCCAACUCCGUCAGUUACACCUACACCAAGUGGUCCUACACCAUCUGUCACACCCACACCAAGCGGUCCAACUCCAUCAGGUACACCUACACCAAGCGGACCAACUCCAUCAGUGACACCAACUCCGAGCGGCCCUACUCCCUCUGUUACACCUACGCCUAGUGGACCUUCACCAUCGGUGACAGUUACACCAAGUGCACCAACUCCAAGUGGACCAACACCAUCUGUGACACCCACGCCAAGCGGUCCAACUCCAUCUGGUACACCUACACCAAGUGGACCGACACCUAGUGGACCAACACCAUCAGUGACACCAACUCCUAGCGGUCCUACUCCAUCGGUGACACCUACCCCAAGUGGACCAACACCCUCAGUGACACCAACACCAAGUGUUUCCACCCCAAGUGGUCCAACUCCAUCAGUUACACCUACACCAAGUGGUCCUACACCAUCUGUCACACCCACCCCAAGCGGUCCAACUCCAUCAGGUACACCUACACCAAGCGGACCAACUCCAUCAGUGACACCAACUCCGAGCGGCCCUACUCCCUCUGUUACACCUACGCCUAGUGGACCUUCACCAUCGGUGACAGUUACACCAAGUGCACCAACUCCAAGUGGACCAACACCAUCUGUGACACCAACUCCGAGUGGUCCUACACCAUCGGUCACACCCACGCCAAGCGGUCCAACUCCAUCUGGUACACCUAUACCAAGUGGACCGACGCCAUCAGUUACACCGACACCUAGUGGACCAACACCAUCAGUAACACCAACUCCUAGCGGCCCUACUCCAUCGGUGACACCUACCCCAAGUGGACCAACACCCUCAGUGACACCAACACCAAGUGUUUCCACACCAAGCGGUCCAACUCCAUCUGUGACACCUACCCCAAGUGGACCUUCACCGUCGGUGACACCAACACCUAGUGGACCCUCUCCAAGUGGACCAACACCCUCUGCGACUCCAACUCCGAGCGGACCAACACCGAGUGGAACAACGCCAAGUGGCUCCACUCCUUCUGCAACAAUAACUACUAUUUCGACCCCUUCUACAACAGUUUGCAGUUACGUCGAUAUUGGACCUGAACAAGCUAUAGAUGUGUCUCUUCGUUCUCCCAGUGAAGAUCCGGACGCUCCUAUAGAAAACAUUUUACAAACAAACAGUGUGUACAAACCGAAAAAGGAGCCAACUUAUGAUGAAAAUGUUGUCGUAAAAAUUAUAUCGCAAGACACUCCGACUAUUUUGCGAGUGUCAUUUACUGUAAACAGAGCAGACACUGUUGGCCUUGAAUACCUCACGGAUUAUAAACAAAAAAUCAUAACUCAAAAUAAUGAGACGGUAGAAUUUGUGUUUGCUGCUGGUAUCAUCACAGACAAUUUUACAAUCAACAUUAGGAGCGAUUCUGCUGAACAGCCAGAAAUCUCAAAUCUCAAAAUCCGGGCAUGUUACAAACCAGUCAUAGGACAGCCAUCAACAACGACACCAAACCCAUCAAUUACGAGUGGCACAACAACAUCUGUGUUGACAACAACAUAUCAAUGCCCACCGACAACCAUUCCCUGUUCUAAGGAACCAAUUUGUUAUCUUACUAGUGAGAUAUGCGACGGAAAAUGUGAUUGCCUCGUGCAUUGCGAUGACGAAAAAGACUGCAAGGAAACUACAACUAAAACACCCCCAACAACUACUUCAGGUGUUCCAAGUGUAACCACGCCGACAUCAACUCCCAGUGUACCAACAUCGACACCAUCAGGUACCGUCACACCAACACCGUCAGUUACAUCAAGCACUCCUUAUAUACCAUCAGAAACACCAACCAUAACACCUACACCAUCACUUACACCAAGUGCAACAACACCUACAGUGACAUCAACUGUUACACCACCAAGCGGUCCUACACCUUCUGUCACACCAACUCCAAGUGAACCAACUCCAUCAGUGACACCAACCCCGAGUGGACCAACUCCAUCAGUGACACCUACACCAAGCGGUCCUACUCCUUCAGGAACACCUACUCCCAGUGGACCAACACCAUCUGUUACACCAACCCCUAGCGGCCCUGCGCCUUCUGUGACACCAACCCCAAGUGGACCAACUCCCUCAGUUACACCCACACCUAGUGGACCAACACCAUCGGUCACAGUAACACCAAGUGUGUCUACACCAGGUGGACCAACACCGUCAGUCACACCGACACCAAGCGGUCCUACACCAUCUGUUACUCCCACACCAAGUGGACCAACACCGUCAGUCACACCAACGCCAAGUGGCCCCACACCCUCAGUGACACCUACACCAAGUGUUCCUACUCCAAGUGGACCAACACCGUCAGUGACACCAACCCCGAGUGGACCAACUCCAUCAGUGACACCUACACCGAGCGGUCCUACCCCUUCAGGAACACCUACUCCCAGUGGACAAACACCAUCUGUUACACCAACCCCUAGCGGCCCUACACCUUCUGUGACACCAACCCCAAGUGGACCAACUCCCUCAGUUACACCCACACCUAGUGGACCAACACCAUCGGUCACAGUAACACCAAGUGUGUCUACACCAGGUGGACCAACACCGUCAGUCACACCGACACCAAGCGGUCCUACACCAUCUGUUACUCCCACACCAAGUGGACCAACACCGUCAGUCACACCAACGCCAAGUGGCCCCACACCCUCAGUGACACCUACACCAAGUGUUCCUACUCCAAGUGGACCAACACCGUCAGUGACACCAACCCCGAGUGGACCAACUCCAUCAGUGACACCUACACCGAGCGGUCCUACCCCUUCAGGAACACCUACUCCCAGUGGACAAACACCGUCAGUCACACCAACACCGAGCGGUCCUACACCUUCUGUCACACCAACUCCAAGUGAACCAACUCCAUCAGUGACACCAACCCCGAGUGGACCAACUCCAUCAGUGACACCUACACCAAGCGGUCCUACUCCUUCAGGAACACCUACUCCCAGUGGACCAACACCAUCUGUUACACCAACCCCUAGCGGCCCUGCGCCUUCUGUGACACCAACCCCAAGUGGACCAACUCCCUCAGUUACACCCACACCUAGUGGACCAACACCAUCGGUCACAGUAACACCAAGUGUGUCUACACCAGGUGGACCAACACCGUCAGUCACACCGACACCAAGCGGUCCUACACCAUCUGUAACUCCCACACCAAGUGGACCAACACCGUCAGUCACACCAACGCCAAGUGGCCCCACACCCUCAGUGACACCUACACCAAGUGUUCCUACUCCAAGUGGACCAACACCGUCAGUGACACCAACCCCGAGUGGACCAACUCCAUCAGUGACACCUACACCGAGCGGUCCUACCCCUUCAGGAACACCUACUCCCAGUGGACAAACACCAUCUGUUACACCAACCCCUAGCGGCCCUACACCUUCUGUGACACCAACCCCAAGUGGACCAACUCCCUCAGUUACACCCACACCCAGUGGACCAACACCAUCAGUCACAGUAACACCAAGUGUGUCUACACCAGGUGGCCCAACACCGUCAGUCACACCCACACCAAGCGGUCCUACACCAUCUGUUACUCCUACACCAAGUGGACCAACACCGUCAGUCACACCAACACCGAGCGGUCCUACUCCUUCAGGAACACCUACUCCCAGUGGACCAACACCAUCUGUAACACCAACACCUAGUGGACCAACACCAUCAAUUACACCAACACCAAGUGCCCCGACCCCCAGUGGACCAACACCUAGUGGACCAACGCCAUCAGUAACACCAACACCUAGUGCCACAACACCUAGUGGCCCAACACCUAGUGGACCAACACCAUCAGUGACCCCAACACCCAGCGGAUCAACACCCAGUGGCCCAACAACAUUAGCAACACCAACUCCUACCGGCCCAACACCAUCAGUUACGCCAACCCCAAGUGGCCCAACGCCAUCAAUUACACCAACACCUAGUGGCCCGACGCCCAGUGGACCAACACCUAGUGGACCAACACCAUCAGUGACACCAACACCAUCAGUGACACCAACUCCAUCGGUUACACCAACACCAAGUGGCCCAACACCCAGUGGCACAACACCGUCAGUCACACCAACACCUAGCGUACCAACACCAAGUGGACCAACACCUUCGGUAACACCAACACCUAGUGGACCGACGCCAAGUGUCACACCAAGUGGAUCUACACCUUCUUUGCCUCCAUCAACCCCUGCAACAGCUGUAUCAACUCCCCGUAUAACAACGCCAUCAAUAGCCACUCCAUCCUCGAGAAUAACUACACCUAAAAUAAUUACUACAACUACUAUUGGAUCCACUCCAUCAACAUCUGUCACAACUACAUCAAGUGUACCAACACCGUCAGUAUCAUCAACACCAAGCAGUCCUACUCCGUCAGGAACACCUACACCCAGUGGACCAACACCAUCGGUCACAGUCACACCAAGUGUGUCUACACCAGGUGGACCAACACCGUCAGUCACACCAACGCCAAGUGGCCCAACACCCUCAGUGACACCUACACCAAGUGUUCCUACUCCAAGUGGACCAACACCGUCAGUGACACCAACCCCGAGUGGACCAACUCCAUCAGUGACACCUACACCGAGCGGUCCUACUCCUUCAGGAACACCUACUCCCAGUGGACCAACACCAUCUGUUACACCAACCCCUAGCGGCCCUACACCAUCUCUGACACCAACCCCAAGUGGACCAACUCCCUCAGUUACACCCACACCCAGUGGACCAACACCAUCAGUCACAGUAACACCAAGUGUGUCUACACCAGGUGGACCAACACCGUCAGUCACGACACCAAGUGGUCCUACACCUUCUGUUACUCCCACACCAAGUGGACCAACACCGUCAGUCACACCAACGCCAAGUGGCCCCACACCCUCAGUGACACCUACACCAAGUGUUCCAACUCCAAGUGGACCAACACCGUCAGUGACACCAACCCCGAGUGGACCAACUCCAUCAGUGACACCUACACCGAGCGGUCCUACUCCUUCAGGAACACCUACUCCCAGUGGACCAACACCGUCUGUUACACCAACCCCUAGCGGCCCUACACCAUCUGCGACACCAACCCCAAGUGGACCAACUCCCUCAGUUACACCCACACCCAGUGGACCAACACCAUCAGUCACAGUAACACCAAGUGUGUCUACACCAGGUGGACCAACACCGUCAGUCACGACACCAAGUGGUCCUACACCUUCUGUUACUCCCACACCAAGUGGACCAACACCGUCAGUCACACCAACGCCAAGUGGCCCCACACCCUCAGUGACACCUACACCAAGUGUUCCAACUCCAAGUGGACCAACACCGUCAGUGACACCAACCCCGAGUGGACCAACUCCAUCAGUGACACCUACACCGAGCGGUCCUACUCCUUCAGGAACACCUACUCCCAGUGGACCAACACCGUCUGUUACACCAACCCCUAGCGGCCCUACACCAUCUGCGACACCAACCCCAAGUGGACCAACUCCCUCAGUUACACCCACACCCAGUGGACCAACACCAUCAGUCACAGUAACACCAAGUGUGUCUACACCAGGUGGACCAACACCGUCAGUCACGACACCAAGUGGUCCUACACCUUCUGUUACUCCCACACCAAGUGGACCAACACCGUCAGUCACACCAACGCCAAGUGGCCCCACACCCUCAGUGACACCUACACCAAGUGUUCCAACUCCAAGUGGACCAACACCGUCAGUGACACCAACCCCGAGUGGACCAACUCCAUCAGUGACACCUACACCGAGCGGUCCUACUCCUUCAGGAACACCUACUCCCAGUGGACCAACACCGUCUGUUACACCAACCCCUAGCGGCCCUACACCUUCUGUGACACCAACCCCAAGUGGACCAACUCCCUCAGUUACACCCACACCCAGUGGACCAACACCAUCAGUCACAGUAACACCAAGUGUGUCUACACCAGGUGGACCAACACCGUCAGUCACGACACCAAGUAGUCCUACACCUUCUGUUACUCCCACACCAAGUGGACCAACACCGUCAGUCACACCAACGCCAAGUGGCCCCACACCCUCAGUGACACCUACACCAAGUGCUCCAACUCCAAGUGGACCAACACCGUCAGUGACACCAAACCCGAGUGGACCAACUCCAUCAGUGACACCUACACCGAGCGGUCCUACUCCUUCAGGAACACCUACUCCCAGUGGACCAACACCGUCUGUUACACCAACCCCUAGCGGCCCUACACCUUCUGUGACACCAACCCCAAGUGGACCAACUCCCUCAGUUACACCCACACCCAGUGGACCAACACCAUCAGUCACAAUAACACCAAGUGUGUCUACACCAGGUGGACCAACACCGUCAGUCACGACACCAAGUGGUCCUACACCUUCUGUUACUCCCACACCAAGUGGACCAACACCGUCAGUCACACCAACGCCAAGUGGCCCCACACCCUCAGUGACACCUACACCAAGUGUUCCAACUCCAAGUGGACCAACACCGUCAGUGACACCAACCCCGAGUGGACCAACUCCAUCAGUGACACCUACACCGAGCGGUCCUACUCCUUCAGGAACACCUACUCCCAGUGGAACAACACCAUCUGUUACACCAACCCCUAGCGGCCCUACACCAUCUGUGACACCAACCCCAAGUGGACCAACUCCCUCAGUUACACCCACACCCAGUGGACCAACACCAUCAGUCACAGUAACACCAAGUGUGUCUACACCAGGUGGACCAACACCGUCAGUCACGACACCAAGUGGUCCUACACCUUCUGUUACUCCCACACCAAGUGGACCAACACCGUCAGUCACACCAACGCCAAGUGGCCCCACACCCUCAGUGACACCUACACCAAGUGUUCCAACUCCAAGUGGACCAACACCGUCAGUGACACCAACCCCGAGUGGACCAACUCCAUCAGUGACACCUACACCGAGCGGUCCUACUCCUUCAGGAACACCUACUCCCAGUGGAACAACACCAUCUGUUACACCAACCCCUAGCGGCCCUACACCAUCUGUGACACCAACCCCAAGUGGACCAACUCCCUCAGUUACACCCACACCCAGUGGACCAACACCAUCAGUCACAGUAACACCAAGUGUGUCUACACCAGGUGGACCAACACCGUCAGUCACGACACCAAGUGGUCCUACACCUUCUGUUACUCCCACACCAAGUGGACCAACACCGUCAGUCACAUCAACGCCAAGUGGCCCCACACCCUCAGUGACACCUACACCAAGUGCUCCAACUCCAAGUGGACCAACACCGUCAGUGACACCAACCCCGAGUGGACCAACUCCAUCAGUGACACCUUCACCGAGCGGUCCUACUCCUUCAGGAACACCUACUCCCAGUGGACCAACACCAUCUGUUACACCAACCCUUAGCGGCCCUACACCUUCUGUGACACCAACCCCAAGUGGACCAACUCCCUCCGUUACACCCACACCCAGUGGACCAACACCAUCAGUCACAGUAACACCAAGUGUGUCUACACCAAGUGGACCAACACCGUCAGUCACGACACCAAGUGGUCCUACACCUUCUGUUACUCCCACACCAAGUGGACCAACACCGUCAGUCACACCAACGCCAAGUGGCCCCACACCCUCAGUGACACCUACACCAAGUGUUCCAACUCCAAGUGGACCAACACCGUCAGUGACACCAACCCCGAGUGGACCAACUCCAUCAGUGACACCUACACCGAGCGGUCCUACUCCUUCAGGAACACCUACUCCCAGUGGACCAACACCAUCUGUUACACCAACCCCUAGCGGCCCUACACCUUCUGUGACACCAACCCCAAGUGGACCAACUCCCUCAGUUACACCCACACCCAGUGGACCAACACCAUCAGUCACAGUAACACCAAGUGUGUCUACACCAGGUGGACCAACACCGUCAGUCACGACACCAAGUAGUCCUACACCUUCUGUUACUCCCACACCAGGUGGACCAACACCGUCAGUCACACCAACGCCAAGUGGCCCCACACCCUCAGUGACACCUACACCAAGUGCUCCAACUCCAAGUGGACCAACACCGUCAGUGACACCAAACCCGAGUGGACCAACUCCAUCAGUGACACCUACACCAAGCGGUCCUACUCCUUCAGGAACACCUACUCCCAGUGGAACAACACCAUCUGUUACACCAACCCCUAGCGGCCCUACACCAUCUGUGACACCAACCCCAAGUGGACCAACUCCAUCAGUGACACCUACACCGAGUGGUCCUACGCCUUCAGGAACACCUACUCCCAGUGGAACAACACCAUCUGUUACACCAACACCUAGCGGUCCUUCUCCUUCUGUGACACCCACAACAAGUGGUACUACACCUUCAGUUACACAAGUUACAUCAACACUGACACCCUCCCAAACUACAAUUUUAUCUACUGUUCCAUCUGAAACACCAAGCCAAACAUUUACACCUUCAAUCACACCAAGUCUUACAACAGCAUGUACAACAUCAAAUCCGUGUCGUGAAGUAAAUGGAAUGCUUGAUGCAACAAUUAUACCAGCAACCAGCAUAACCUUGAGUGAACCAGCAAUUCAGCCAAACGUUGAUCAGAUUCGAAACGGACCGUUAAUAGUUCCAGCGGAUAUCACAACGUUCACAGUAACUAUUGACCUUCCCGGGGAUAUUCAGCUGGGAUCCAUCAAUCUCGGAUCAUUUACAAAUGUCAAAGCCUUUGAAGUUAAUAUCAGGAAACCAACAGACACACAACCAGUAUUAUAUAAGGAAGUUACAGACUCAAAUAUUCUUGUUUUCCCUGCUGGAACGAUUGCAGAUCAAAUUCAAAUUGUACUUUUGGAAAAGAAUGAUGUUUCACAAGGCUACCAACUUCAAAUAGACCUUCGAGCUUGCUUUGAAACCGGUACAACUAGUGUCCAACCACAAACAACACCCAUAUCAACAGGCGUUAUUUCAACAACGCCCUCAGUGACGAAUACACCUAGCCAACAAACACCCUCAGUAACACCAACACCUAGUGGCCCACCACCCAGUGGACCAACACCAUCAGUAACAACAACACCUAGUGGACCAACGCCAUCAGUUACACCAACACCUAGCGGGCCAACACCAUCAGUAACACCAACACCUAGUGGCCCAACACCAAGCGGACCAACACCAUCAGUAACACCAACACCUAGUGGCCCACCACCCAGUGGACCAACACCAUCAGUAACACCAACACCAUCAGUUACACCAACACCAAGCGGACCUACACCAUCAGUUACACCAACACCUAGUGCCCCGACCCCCAGUGGACCAACACCCAGUGGACCAACACCAUCAGUUACCCCAACACCUAGUGGCCCAACACCCAGUGGACCAACGCCAUCAGUUACACCAACACCUAGCGGACCAACACCAUCAGUAACACCAACACCUAGUGGCCCAACACCCAGUGGACCAACGCCUUCAGUAACACCAACACCUAGCGGACCAACACCAUCAGUUACACCAACACCUAGUGGCCCAACACCCAGUGGACCAACGCCAUCAGUUACACCAACACCUAGCGGACCAACACCAUCAGUAACACCAACACCUAGUGGCCCAACACCCAGUGGACCAACGCCUUCAGUAACACCAACACCUAGCGGACCAACACCAUCAGUUACACCAACACCUAGUGGCCCAACACCCAGUGGACCAACGCCAUCAGUUACACCAACACCCAGUGGACCAACACCAUCAGUAACACCAACACCUAGUGGCCCAACACCCAGUGGACCAACGCCUUCAGUAACACCAACACCUAGCGGACCAACACCAUCAGUUACACCAACACCUAGUGGCCCAACACCCAGUGGACCAACGCCAUCAGUUACACCAACACCUAGCGGACCAACACCAUCAGUAACACCAACACCUAGUGGCCCAACACCCAGUGGACCAACGCCUUCAGUAACACCAACACCUAGCGGACCAACACCAUCAGUUACACCAACACCUAGUGGCCCAACACCCAGUGGACCAACGCCAUCAGUUACACCAACACCCAGUGGACCAACACCAUCAGUAACACCAACACCUAGUGGCCCAACACCCAGUGGACCAACGCCUUCAGUAACACCAACACCAAGCGGACCAACACCAUCAGUUACACCAACACCUAGUGGCCCAACACCAAGUGGACCAACGCCUUCAGUAACACCAACACCUAGUGGACCAACGCCAUCAGUAACACCAACACCUAGUGGACCAACACCCAGUGGACCAACGCCUUCAGUAACACCAACACCAUCAGUUACACCAACACCAAGUGGACCAACACCAUCAGUUACACCAACACCAAGCGGACCUACACCAUCAGUUACACCAACACCUAGUGCCCCGACCCCCAGUGGACCAACACCUAGUGGACCAACACCAUCAGUUACACCAACACCUAGUGGCCCAACACCCAGUGGACCAACGCCAUCAGUUACACCAACACCUAGCGGACCAACACCAUCAGUAACACCAACACCUAGUGGCCCAACACCCAGUGGACCAACGCCUUCAGUUACACCAACACCUAGUGGCCCAACACCCAGUGGACCAACGCCAUCAGUUACACCAACACCCAGUGGACCAACACCAUCAGUAACACCAACACCUAGUGGCCCAACACCCAGUGGACCAACGCCUUCAGUAACACCAACACCAAGCGGACCAACACCAUCAGUUACACCAACACCUAGUGGCCCAACACCAAGUGGACCAACGCCUUCAGUAACACCAACACCUAGUGGACCAACACCAUCAGUAACACCAACACCUAGUGGCCCAACACCCAGUGGACCAACGCCUUCAGUAACACCAACACCAUCAGUGACACCAACACCUAGCGGGCCAACACCAUCAGUAACACCAACACCUAGUGGCCCAACACCAUCGGUGACCCCAACACCCAGUGGCCCAACACCAUCAGCAACACCAACUCCUAGCGGCCCAACGCCAUCAGUUACACCAACACCAAGUGGACCGACCCCCAGUGGACCAACACCUAGUGGACCAACACCAUCAGUGACACCAACUCCAUCGGUAACACCAACACCAAGUGGCCCAACACCCAGUGGCACAACACCGUCAGUCACACCAACACCUAGUGUUCCAACACCAAGUGGACCAACACCUUCGGUCACACCAACACCUAGUGGACCGACGCCAUCUGUCACACCAAGUGGAUCUACACCUUCUUUGCCUCCACCAACCCCUGCAACAGCUGUAUCAACUCCCCGUAUAACAACGCCAUCAAUAGCUACUCCAUCCUCGAGCAUAACUACACCUAAAAUAAUUACUACAACUACUAUUGGAUCCACUCCAUCAACAUCUGUCACAACUACAUCAAGUGUACCAACACCGUCAGUAACACCAACACCAAGCAGUCCUACUCCGUCAGUAACACCUACACCCAGUGGACCAACACAAUCGAUCACAGUCACACCAAGUGUGUCUGCACCAAGUGGACCCACACCGUCAGUCACACCCACACCAAGUGGUCCUACACCAUCUGUUACUCCUACACCAAGUGGACCAACACCGUCAGUCACACCAACGCCAAGUGGCCCAACACCCUCAGUGACACCUACACCAAGUGUUUCUACUCCAAGUGGACCAACACCGUCAGUGACACCAACCCCGAGUGGACCAACUCCAUCAGUGACACCUACACCGAGCGGUCCUACUCCCUCAGUUACACCCACACCCAGUGGACCAACACCAUCAGUCACAGUAACACCAAGUGUGUCUACACCAAGUGGACCAACACCGUCAGUCACACCCACACCAAGUGGUCCUACACCAUCUGUUACUCCCACACCAAGUGGACCAACACCGUCAGUCACACCAACGCCAAGUGGCCCCACACCCUCAGUGACAUCUACACCAAGCGCUCCUACUCCAAGUGGACCAAUACCGUCAGUGACACCUACAACAAGUGUGUCUACACCAAGUGGACCAACUCCCUCAGUCACACCUACACCAAGCGGUCCUACACCAUCUGUUACUCCCACACCAAGUGGACCAACACCGUCAGUCACACCAACGCCAAGUGGCCAAACACCCUCAGUGACACCUACACCAAGUGUCCCUACUCCAAGUGGACCAACACCGUCUGUGACACCAACCCCAAGUGGACCAACUCCAUCAGUGACACCUACACCGAGCGGUCCUACUCCUUCAGGAACACCUACUCCCAGUGGACCAACACCAUCUGUUACACCAACACCUAGCGGCCCUACACCUUCUGUGACACCAACUCCAAGUGGACCAACACCGUCAGUUACACCCACACCCAGUGGACCAUCACAAUCGGUCACAGUCACACCAAGUGUGUCUACACCAAGUGGACCAACACCGUCAGUCACACCCACACCAAGUGGUCCUACACCAUCUGUUACUCCCACACCAAGUGGACCAACACCGUCAGUCACACCAACGCCAAGUGGCCCCACACCCUCAGUGACAUCUACACCAAGCGUUCCUACUCCAAGUGGACCAACACCGUCGGUGACACCAACCCCGAGUGGACCAACUCCAUCAGUGACACCUACACCGAGCGGUCCUACUCCUUCAGGAACACCUACUCCCAGUGGACCAACACCAUCUGUUACACCAACACCUAGCGGCCCUACACCUUCUGUGACACCAACUCCAAGUGGACCAACUCCCUCAGUGACAUCUACACCAAGCGUUCCUACUCCAAGUGGACCAACACCGUCGGUGACACCAACCCCGAGUGGACCAACUCCAUCAGUGACGACUACACCGAGCGGUCCUACUCCUUCAAGAACACCUACUCCCAGUGGACCAACACCAUCUGUUACACCAACACCUAGCGGUCCUACACCUUCUGUGACACCAACUCCAAGUGGACCAACUCCCUCAGUUACACCCACACCCAGUGGACCAACACCAUCGGUCACAGUCACACCAAGUGUGUCUACACCAAGUGGACCAACACCGUCAGUCACACCCACACCAAGUGGUCCUACACCAUCUGUAACUACCACACCAAGUGGACCAACACCGUCAGUCACACCAACGCCAAGUGGCCCAACACCCUCAGUGACACCUACACCAAGCGUUCCUACUCCAAGUGGACCAACACCUUCAGUGACACCAACCCCGAGUGGACCAACUCCAUCAGUGACACCUACACCGAGCGGUCCUACUCCUUCAGGAACACCUACUCCCAGUGGACCAACACCAUCUGUUACACCAACACCUAGCGGCCCUACACCUUCUGUGACACCAACUCCAAGUGGACCAACUCCCUCAGUUACGCCCACACCCAGUGGACCAACACCAUCGGUCACAGUCACACCAAGUGUGUCUACACCAAAUGGACCAACACCGUCAGUAACACCCACACCAAGUGGUCCUACACCAUCUGUUACUCCCACACCAAGUGGACCAACACCAUCAGUCACACCAACGCCAAGUGGUCCAACACCCUCAGUGACACCUACACCAAGUGUUCCUACUCCAAGUGGACCAACACCGUCAGUGACACCAACCCCAAGUGGACCAACUCCAUCAGUGACACCCACACCCAGUGGACCAACACCAUCGGUCACAGUCACACCAAGUGUGUCUACACCAAGUGGACCAACACCGUCAGUCACACCGACACCAAGUGGUCCUACACCAUCUGUUACUCCCACACCAAGUGGACCAACACCUUCAGUCACACCCACACCAAGUGGUCCUACACCAUAUGUUACUCCCACACCAAGUGGACCAACACCGUCAGUCACACCAACGCCAAGUGGUCCAACACCCUCAGUGACACCUACACCAAGUGUUCCUACUCCAAUUGGACCAACACCGUCAGUGACACCAACCCCAAGUGGACCAACUAUAUCAGUGACACCCACACCCAGUGGACCAACACCAUCGGUUACAGUCACACCAAGUGUGUCUACACCAAGUGGACCAACACCGUCAGUCACACCUACACCAAGUGGUCCUACACCAUCUGUUACUCCCACACCAAGUGGACCAACACCGUCAGUCACACCAACGCCAAGUGGCCCAACACCUUCAGUGACACCUACACCAAGUGUUCCUUCUCCAAGUGGUCCAACACCGUCAGUGACACCAACCCCAAGUGGACCAACUCCAUCAGUGACACCUACACCGAGCGGUCCUACUCCUUCAGGAACACCUACUCCCAGUGGACCAACACCAUCUGUUACACCAACACCUAGCGGCCCUUCACCUUCUGUGACACCAACUCCAAGUGGACCAACUUCCUCAGUUACACCCACACCCAGUGGACCAACACCAUCGGUCACAGUCACACCAAGUGUGUCUACACCAAGUGGACCAACACCGUCAGUCACACCCACACCAAGUGGUCCUACACCAUCUGUUACUACCACACCAAGUGGACCAACACCGUCAGUCACACCAACGCCAAGUGGCCCAACACCCUCAGUGACACCUACACCAAGUGUUCCUACUCCAAGUGGACCAACACCUUCAGUGACACCAACCCCGAGUGGACCAACACCGUCAGUGACACCAACCCCGAGUGGACCAACUCCAUCAGUGACACCCACACCCAGUGGACCAACACCAUCUGUCACAGUCACACCAAGUGUGUCUACACCAAGUGGACCAACACCGUCAGUCACACCGACACCAAGCGGUCCUACACCAUCUGUUACUCCCACACCAAGUGGACCAACACCGUCAGUCACACCAACGCCAAGUGGCCCCACACCCUCAGUGACACCUACACCAAGUGUUCCUACUCCAAGUGGACCAACACCGUCAGUGACACCAACCCCGAGUGGACCAACUCCAUCAGUGACACCCACACCCAGUGGACCAACACCAUCUGUCACAGUCACACCAAGUGUGUCUACACCAAGUGGACCAACACCGUCAGUCACACCGACACCAAGCGGUCCUACACCAUCUGUUACUCCCACACCAAGUGGACCAACACCGUCAGUCACACCAACGCCAAGUGGCCCCACACCCUCAGUGACACCUACACCAAGUGUUCCUACUCCAAGUGGACCAACACCGUCAGUGACACCAACCCCGAGUGGACCAACUCCAUCAGUUACACCCACACCCAGUGGACCAACACCAUCGGUCACAGUCACACCAAGUGUGUCUACGCCAAGAGGACCAACACCGUCAGUCACACCCACACCAAGCGGUUCUACACCAUCUGUUACUCCCACACCAAGUGGACCAACACCGUCAGUCACACCAACGCCAAGUGGCCCAACACCCUCAGUGACACCUACACCAAGUGUUCCUACUCCAAGUGGACCAACACCAUCAGUGACACCAACCCCGAGUGGACCAACUCCAUCAGUGACACCUACAGCAAGCGGCCCUACUCCUUCAGGAACACCUACUCCCAGUGGACCAACACCAUCUGUUACACCAACACCAAGUGGACUUACACCUUCUUUACCUCCAUCAACCCCUGCAACAGCUGUGUCAACUCCCCUUAUAACAACGCCAUCAAUAGGUACGACUGCUGCAGCCGGUUUUACGCCUGCUACUAUUUCAUUCACUCCUUCUUCUGUCGGCGGAAAUGGGCUACCGCCCCUGACAACUACAUCUUCGUCUCCUUCUACAAGCACAGGGUCAAGUACAACCAUUAUAACACCAACUAUUCCAACAUUAACUUUGCCAACACCAUGUGUGAAGACUGUGCUAGAGUAUGCCAACACUGGAAGGGACUUGUUAGUAUCGCCUCCUUCAACGGAGAACUCUCUACUGAACUCUGGCGGUUCCCUUAAGACCACCCAACCGACAUUACUGUACAGAAUCAAGGACACCGACGCUAAGAUAUUCACUUUUAAGAUAACUGUGAAAAAUGUUAACAGUUUCACAGUUGGGGUAUGGUCUGGGGAGACCGUAAAAGGCUCUCAAACAAGGAAUGUUCCAGAUACAUCGUCCUUCACUUCGUUCACUAUACCAUUCAAUGGUACCACAGGAAAUGACAUCAUAGUAGAACUAACUCCCGUAACUGGCCAAACUCCAGAGAUUGAAGGCGUAUCUAUCGAAGUUUGUUAUACCCCAGUGACAACAAUAGCACCUACUACAGUGUCACCAACAACAAGUGUAACACCUCCAACAAUUUCACCAACUACUAGUACUACCACACCUUGUGCUGAAACUAUGAUCGCCGAAGGAAGUAAUACAAAUGCCAUCAAAGUAGUCAUUCCAACUCUGGUUUCACCUGCAAACGUAUUUAGUGUAACUGGUGUAACUCUUACGGACGCAGUACCUACGGUAGAGUUUGUACUCCUUGAUCAAGAUCAGGCUGCGGCAGUUUCCAUUUUGACCUUUGAUACCACCAAUGUAUCUGGGGUCAAGGUCACAUUAUUCGAUAAGUCGGACGCUGAGGUCAAGACAACAGAGUCCAACCCUGUGAACAACAAAGUCAGUGUUGAUCUAGGAGGAUCCGUUGGUCAAAGAAUCAAGAUAGAGUUGACAAAAUCAACAUCUACACAAACCGCUUCCAUUGCAUCCUUAACAAUAAAAGCAUGUAUUGAAAUAGUCUCAGCUACCACAGUCGUCACCCUUCCGACCACAACGUUCCCAACAACAACUCCCAAAAUAUGCGUCUUCAAUAAGGACAUUUUCGUAAACAACUUUGGUUAUGAGCCCGCCGAGGUGAUUGGUUACGUCAACAAGGACAACGAUGAUAGCGUCAUUUCCGAGUCGGAGAAGAUUCGUGUCGGAGAUUCACUGGACGACGGUGUAAUCGUGGUUAUCAAUGGCUGCAGCAACUGUUCAUGUUCGGAUGGAUAUAUUAACUGCCAGAUCGGAACCUGUGAAGAAUGUACUUACCAACCAUGGAGUGAAUGGUCCCAGUGCUCUAAACCAUGCGGAAUUGGUCUCCGAGAGAGGACGAGAAUUCUGACCACAACCUUAAGUCCAGACCGUUGCAAGGAAGCUGUUCGGGAGACCGAAGACUGCAACAUUGAGCCAUGCCCAACAACAACAACACAAAUCUGUGAACCAUGGUCCACAUGGAGUGAAUGUGCCGGUGAAAAGUGUAAAGACAAAACAAAGACCCGAAGCAGAACUUGCCCCAACGGACCGGAUACAGAAGAGGAGCCAUGUUUUGUUGAAGAUGACUGCAAACCUGAAUGCAUUGAGCCCGAAUAUUUUGAUAACUGUACCACGCCAUCCACUCAUUGUCCGUCUACUUGCCGCGCUCUGAGAAACCCCGGAAGCUGCGUUGAACCAGAGGAAUGCAAACCGGUGUGUCGCUGCAAGCCUGGUUACGUCAGAGAUGACAACGGAAUAUGUAUACCGGAAGAGGAGUGUCCUUGCUACCAUAACGGCCAAGCUGUUCCUGAGGGACACGUGGUUAAGACCUCUGCUUGUGAAACAUGCAAAUGUGAAAACAAAGUGAUGACAUGUUCCGUAAAUGCAAGUUGUUGCGAGUAUUCUGAAUGGCAGCCAUGGUCCGAAUGUAGCACAACCUGUGGCAUCGGAAUGCAGAGUAGAUACAGAGACGUCAGUAAGGGCGAUAGAGCGCAAUGCCCGGAUGUCCACGAGACCAAGCAAUGCGAGAGUACCUCAACAGAAUGUGUCCAAUGUAUAUACAAUGGUAAAGCUUACGCUGCUGGCGAUGUCGUCUCCACAGCUGACUGCAAGAUAUGUUACUGUUACAACGGCGGAAGUGUGUCCUGUGUGGCUGAUGAUGCUCAGAACGUUAAUGGAUCUUGGUCGAAUUGGCAGUCAUGGAUCAGCUGUAGUUCCACGUGCUCUGGUGGUCACAGGAAGCGAAGCAGAACAUGUAACAACCCUGCACCGGUCUGCGCAGGAAUGCCAUGUUCCGGAUCAAAUGAGGAAACAGAACCUUGCAACACUGAUAAAUCAUGCUGUAUCACUACAUCAUGGGGCGAAUGGACAGAAUGUACAAAGACAUGCGAUGGUCCAGGUCAACAGUUCAGGAACCGUAACUACGUUAACCCCGACGAUUCAGCCGUCAACUGUAACGAAACACUGGUAGAGGAACGGCCGUGUGGAGAGGAACCAUGCAUUACCGAGUGCGAGAUUUCUCAAUGGUCGGACUGGACAGAAUGCGCUGUGCCAUGUGGAAAGGGCAAGGUGUCCAGAGAAAGACAGAUCAUUGUCAAUGCUCCAGACUGCCCAACAAAUCUUUUUGAAGAGAAGGACUGUGAUAAUGGAAACUGCACUUGUCCGGACGGUCAAGUAUGGACCAACUACUCCCUGUGUCAGAGAACAUGCGCCACCCGAGACAAGAAUAUCGACGAGGAAUGCAGCAAGAUCGAGCCAGGGUGCGUCUGUCCAAUGGGUCUCUACAUGGAGGCAAACAAAUGCGUCAACAUCACAGAGUGUCAGAAAUGCGUCAUCAACGGAACAGAAUAUCAGCCCUCUGAGCCCAUACCGUCCUCUGACAGCUGUAAAUACUGCGAGUGUUCGGAUGGCGAGAUGGUGUGCAGUAGACGUUGUGAAAUACCCGUAUGCCAAGAGGGUGAGGAACUUUCCUACGAAGGCAUUACUGAUAUUUGUUGUCCUAAGUGCCAACCCAAACCAACCACAUGUACCCUCCACACAGAAAAGCGCGUCAUCAAUGACUCAGUAACAGGCUGUGUAUCUGUCGGUGAAGUCGAGUACACCUUCUGCUCUGGUUCUUGCGGAGAUUCGAACUACAUGCCUCUGAUCGUGCCCAGCGGUUCCACCGAAGAAGGCUUCGCCAAGACCUGUAAAUGUUGCACCGGCGAGUCCUCAUCUGAGAGGGUCAUCAGCGUAAGAUGUGGUCCUCAGCAGACUCUACAACAGGCCAAGAUCAAGAUCAUAGAUAGCUGCUCCUGUGAUAUAUGCAGCAUGACAGUGACUGAAGCUAACAAGGCAAAUGCCGCGCCAACCAGAAGAUAGGACAUAGUGAUGAUAGGACAUUGAACAAAUUUAGUGAUUUACCCCCAAAAGACUACACCAAUGUAUUGUAAAAUCUGUUUACAUAUCAACAUAUUGAUAUAUUGUUUAUUAUUGAAUCACUGUUUAAUAAAAGAAUUGCAAUUGUA